CACGCCUAUAAUUAUGGCUUCAAUUAGAAAGGUUAGCUCUCCCUGCGUUUUAUUGUUCUGAGAAAUUUCAUCGGUUACCUGUUUAUCUUAUUGAAGUACUAAUUUCAAACAGAUGAAGUCAUAUCUAUAUUGAAAAUGUAGCAGUUUAGCUCAACUACCUACUCUGAAAGGUAAUUAAACCUUUUCACGAAAACCAACAACGGUGGAAAAUCACCAGGUAAACUUGUUUCGGAUGAUCAGUCAUCAGCCGAGUGUACAUGAUAAAUUGAACUUGCAGCUAACAUGCCCUGGGAGUUAUGCUAACGGAUUAGAGGCAAAUCAUAACAAUGGAACCAGAUGUGCUGGGUUUUGGCGAAAGAAAUUUCUCUAUUCAUGUCAAUAGUAUUUGAGCGAACUUUCUUUCUUGACUUAUUUGAAAUGCAUUUGUUUUGUUGGCAAUGUAUUUUCCUUCGUUUCACAUGGGAACGGAUUAUUUAUUGAAUUUCAAGGUUUGCUUCUAAUAAACAGACACUGAAGAUGAACCGGCGGUAAUUUGAUACAGUUCUGUAUUUUGAGUCCUUCAUGCGCAUUAAUCUGACUGACCUUCCUUGGAUGCUACGUUUCGGGGCAUUUUUUUCUUCCCCAGAGAAAUGUAUUUGUGUCCCCCCACGAAUAAACGGAGCUUUACCAUUGCCCGUGUUUCGGAAUUUUACGGAAUUUAGAAUGGACCACCAAGUGGAAACUAGCAACUCAUUGUACUGGAUUGGAUGGUAUCCAUUUACUCGUGCCUCAGAAGAAACUUCCAGUCACACAUCGAAAAAGGUUUCAAAACCAUUCGUGGAGCGAAUGUGUAAUGUUAUCCAUGUCAUCAGAAAAGAAGAGGAAUCUCAGUUUUCUGCGUUGUAUGUUUAUGUUUAUAUUAAACAACGGCAACAAAGCAAAGUUGAGUCCAUUACUUCACACCUUAUACCGGAAAAAUCCGGUGUGUUAACGUGGUCUGCAUUCUGAGGCGGUGUAUUGAGUGAAUUGUGCAAGCGAGCGCUUGAGUCUAUUCUGAUGUCACUAGAGUGCUCAGUCAGAUUUUAUAUUUUUGCGGCUCAAGUAAUAUCUUGAAAUAUUCAAUGAGAUCAUCGAAUGUGAUUGAUUGAGUUUAUUAGUUUUCUAUUUUUUGGAUAAAUUUGCAUUGUUUAAAUUGGAGCUCCAAUAGAUUAAGGAAUUGAAAAAGAAAUGCCGCUUUUGGUUCGAUUGUGGGUGGUGGUUUGAUGGCGUAGUUCUUAGAUAUACCAAAAAUACAUUGGAUAAUCGUAUUAUACAUUAUCUAAGGAACAAAUAGAUCACUUUUUUAUUUUGUUGGUAUGGUUUUUAUGGGAACAUGCUUGGGGAUCAAUCAGAUUGGACAAGCUUUAUUAAUAACCAAAGACGUAUGAAGCACUUUUGUCAAGACUCGUAUUAAUAUUGCUCAGUCCAACGCAUCUGCGAGAAGGAUUAUUUCCGAUUAGUCGAAGAGGCAAAACAUCAAGUCGAUUGUUCACGUCUUGAGCUUUAUUCCAUUUGCGCUUCCGGAUUAUGCAUGCUAAUUUUAGCAACUGUUCCAUUAUGAAUUUUAGCUUUGUACAUAUGUGUUGUGUUACGAAAACAAUAUUAAAAAUAAACGUGUCUGAGCGAACAAAACAUUCUAGCGUAAAAUUGUAGUUAGUGAAGUUUUUGUAACUUGCACGAGAGAUAUGAUGGGAUGAAUAUUUGUUCAAACGGAAAUAUAC